CCACCCUUUUUAUAUCCCUUUCGCACGCUUCCAAGCAGCGACUCCCCCACUUGCGGAAGCCCACCACCCCAAAAACCCAAACCCUAGACGUGCUCUUCGCCGCCGCCGCCUCCCUGCCCCAUGGCGUGCUUCCACCUCGUGGCAGUGGCCAUGGCCCUGCUCUUCGCCGCCGCCGCGGCACAGGCCCCGGGCGCCUCCCCGACGCCCGCGCCCCGGGCCCAGCCCCCGGCGACCCCUCCGCCGCCUCCGCCCCCGGCGCCAGCCCCCGUGCCUCCCCCCGCGCAGCCCCCGGCGACGCCUCCCACGGCCUUCGCCCCCGCGCCUGCCCCGAAGGCUCCUGCCCCGGCGCCCAAGGCCGCGGCUCCCACCCCGGGGAUCCCCCUCUCGCCGCCGGCGCCGGCGCCGGGCUCGAUCGCCCAGACUCCGUCCGAGGCCCCGGUCUCCCCUCCGCCGCCCAGCGCCGCGUCCAGCGUCGCCCCCGCGUGGGCCGCCGCCGGCGCCACCCUGGCAGCCGCCGCGGCCGUCUUCUACUGAGAUCCGCGCUGAUGUGACGUGACGUGGCCUCAGCUCGAUGCCACCGCUACUGCUAUUUAUUCGUCUCGCUUUCGGGUUUGCUCAUUCCAUUCAGUUUUAGUCUAGGGCUCGUCAGAUCUGAUAUAGCGCUUGUGCGUGUGGGAGAUAGAGAUUGAUUUGAGACAGUGCUAUGGGUUGCCAUUGUAUAAUGCCCCGUUUCUAUGUGGCGCAUUCUUUCUACGUCACUUCUACUAGUAUUACCA